GGUAUAAAACCUGUCAAGGCGCGAGACCACAGUGCACAGCACUUCGCGGCCGUAUCACUACCCACCACUAUCCAACAUCACUACAGCCAUGGCACUCCAAAUUAACACUCUGUUAACGGUGCUGACGCUGGUGGCGCUGGCCGCAGCAGGAGCGCGCGCCAAUGACGCCCCGGUCGACAGUGACCUGCUUCAGGCAUUCUUGGUGCACAGGCAUGGAGACCGUACUCCCGUGGAAACCUCGUUGGAGCUCAGCUCCCACAUCGAGGAGCUCCGGGAAGCCACCGAGCCUUACGGUUUCGGUCAGCUCACCAACACGGGCAAGCAGACCGCAUAUCGACUCGGCCAGUCCAUUCGCAAACGUUACGGCGAACUUAUUUCUGCACAUUAUAACCGCUCUGAGAUUUACAUUCGCUCGACGGCUUCGACGCGCGCCAAGAUGACCGUACUCACCGCCAUGGCGGCCGUGUACCCCACCGGGGACGACAACUGGAGCGACUCUCUCCCCUGGCAGCCCACGCCCUACACCACGGUGCCUGCUAGAUACGAUCCUAACCUCGCCUUGCUGAAUUGCCCUACAUUCAUCGACUUCUACACCGGCAAGUAUCAGUCGGCCUCGCCGGCGAUGGAGCCCUACACGGAUGUACUGAACCAGUGGUCGAAGUUGCUCGGCUUUAACAUCACGGCGCAGCCGGUGCAGACGUACGGCGUGUACGAUGUUUACACCAGCCAGAUCAGCCUCGGAGUGCCUCUGGGCGAUGAGCUGCAGGCGCUGUUGCCGAGUAUCAGGGACGCCGCUGGGGAAGCCAUUGAUAUCUUAUUCGGUGAUGACGACAACGUGGUGCUGCAAGCCGGUGUGAUGCUGAAGGACGUCGUCACGGCGAUGAGCUCGACGGUCAACGGCGAGGUGUCGCAGCCGCUGCACGUCUACUCCGGGCAUGACUACAAUGUGUACUCAGUGAUGGCGGCCGCGCGCGUGACGCCGCGCCAAGGUGUCCCGCCGUACGGGGCCGUAUUCGCGCUGGAACUGCGAAAGCGCACCAACAAUGGAGCCUAUGGCGUGUUGCCGGUGUACCAGAGCUCGCCGGACGCCGAGUUGAUGUACCUGCAGGUGGAGGGGUGCAGCGCGCUGCUGUGUCCGCUCGACGAGUUUGUCUCCAUCACGGCGCCCUUCGUAAUGGACGAGGACACGUGGCGCGAGAAGUGUGGCUACACCGACGACCUGGUCAUCGAUGAUUCUAUUAUCGCCUGAAGACAGAACUCACUGACACCACCACACCUGGUUAUUGAAUUGAAUAUAAAAACGGUACAAAAUACUAAAGCCAAACUCCUAAAACAAACACUUCCGUAUUAUUUAUACAGAAAUUAUGAAAUAUAAUAUAAUCUAGAGCUCAGACGUUUGAGAGCGAGAUUAGACAAUAUUAUCUAAAUAUAUUAUAAUACGAGGAGUUUGACCUGGGUCAAUAAUCUUCUUUAUAUAUUAGUUUUAUUGGUUUUAUAUAAUUCACCUGCGUUUCUCAUCUGUGUUACAAUAUGUAUAUUCAAUAUUUAAAAAUAAAAUAAACCGGGUGUCUACGCACCAGCACUAUCAUA